AUGAGUGCAGUGGGCUUGGUACUCCUAGUGCUUGCUUUGAGGUUUAGGGCCGCCACUGCUAAGCCAGAGGAGGGCAGCUUUUGCUCUAAGAGCCAGGUGGCCUUCAGAGAUGCUUGCUAUGAAUUUGUGCCAAUUGGACGCACCUUCCGUGAUGCCCAGAGCUGGUGCGAGGGGCAAGGAGGCCAUUUGGUCUUCAUUCAGGAUGAAGACACCCAGCGGUUUCUGCAGAAGCACAUCUCCCAGGACAGGGAAUGGUGGAUUGGACUCAUGUGGAACUUGGCACGGAAUGGAACCAUGGAAGGACCGGGGAUUUGGUUGGACACCUCCAAUGUGACCUACAGCAACUGGCGCGGAGGGCAGGCCACCGCUGCCCCUGACACCUGCGGCCACAUCGGGAGAGGCCCUUCCUCCGAGUGGGUGGCCUCGGACUGCGCCCAGACCUUCGCCUUCGUGUGCGAGUUCCGACUUGGCCAGAGCCUGGCCUGCAAGGGACUCAAUGCCACCAUGCACUGCGGCUCGGGGCAGGUCAUCCAGGUCCAGGAUGCCGUCUACGGACGCCAGAACCCCUAUUUCUGCACCCAGGAUGCCGGGCAUCCCUCAGAUCUGGAGCAGGGAUGCAGCUGGGCCAAUGUCAAGGAUGAGGUGGCAGGCCAGUGCCAGGGGCUACAGGCAUGCCAGGUGGCAGCAGAUGAGACCUACUUUGGAAACCUGUGUCCGACUCAGGGCAGCUACCUGUGGGUGCAGUACCAGUGCUGGGAAGGGAUUGACAUUGUUCUUCCAUUAUUAAUCGGCCGCUUCUGCACACAGCUGAUCGUGUCCAGCAAUGUGACCCACCAGUUCACAUCUCCUGGGGAAUUCACCGUGUUUGCUGAAUGCACAACCAGUGAGUGGCAUGUGACAGCCCAGAGGCAAGUGACCGUGCGAGACAAGAUGGAGAGGCUCAGUGUGACUGCAUGCUCCGGCCUGUCCCAGUCUGGAGCCAGCCUCCUCUGCCAGGCUGCCUUUGGGGAUCCUCUGUGGAUUCAGGUGGAGCUUGAUGGAGGAACAGGAGUGACUUACACUGUGCUUUCGGGUGACAUAACCCUGGCCAAGUCCACCGCCCAAAGGGGCUCGCUACCAUACAAUCUGACCCUGGACACAGAAACCCAGAAACUGAUGGGCCCUGGGAGGCACCGCCUGGAGAUCCAAGCCACCAGCAGCACCACCUCCUCCGCACUCUCCGGGAACGUCACAGUCCACUUGGUGGAGCUGCUGUCAGGGCUGCAGGCCUCCUGGGCUUCUGACCAUUUGGAACUUGGACAGGACCUAUUGGUCAACAUCUCAGUGGCUCAGGGCACCCCAGAAGAGCUGACCUUUGAGGUGGCAGGACUCAAUGCAACCUUCUCCCACGAGCAAGUGAGCUUUGGAGAGCCAUUUGGGAUUUACCGCUUGGCUAUUCCAGUUGAAGGUACCUUUCUGGUUACCCUGCUGGUGAAGAAUGCCUUCUCCAACCUGAGUUUGGAAAUCGGGAACAUCACUAUCACAGCCCCUUCCAGUCUCCAAGAACCAUCUGGGAUGAAUGCUGAAGGAAAGAAUAAAGAUAAAGGUGAUAUGGAGGUGUCUAUCCAACCUGGUCCAUACGUGGAUCCUUUCACGACAGUGACCCUGGACUGGCCGGACAAUGAUAAGGAAUUACGCUUCCAAUGGUCAUGUGGGCGUUGCUGGGCUCAGUGGAGCGGCUGUGUUGCGAGGCAGCUGCUGCACACAGACCAGAGGGAGCUGGCGGUUCCAGCAUCCUGCCUGCCGCCGCCUGACUCCGCUGUCACCCUGCGCCUGGCUGUUCUGAGAGGUCAGAAGCUGGAGAACAGGGCAGAGCGGUGCCUCUACGUGUCUGCGCCCUGGGAACUCAGGCCUCGAGUCAGCUGUGAGAGGAACUGCAGGCCAGUUAAUGCCAGUGAAGAUAUUCUGCUCAGGGUCACCAUGGGGGAGGACUCCCCAGUGGCUAUGUUCAGCUGGUAUUUGGACAACACCUCAGCAGAGCAGGCCGAGCCCCUCCCGGAUGCCUGCGGACUCAGAGGAUUUUGGCCAAGUUCCUUAACCCUCCUCCAAAGCAACACCUCCACGUUGUUGCUGAACAGCUCCUUUCUGCAGUCCUGGGGAGAGGUCAUCCGAAUCAGAGCCACAGCACUGAGCAGGCACGCCUAUGGGGAGGACACCUACGUGAUCAGCGCUCUGCCUCCGGCCGAGGUGCCUGCCUGCACUGUUGCCCCGGAGGAGGGUACUGUUCUGACGAGCUUCGCCAUCUUCUGCAACGCCUCCACGGCCCUGGGACCCUUGGAGUUCUGCUUCUGCCUGGAAUCAGGUUCCUGCCUACACUGUGGCCCUGAACCUGUCCUCCCAUCAGUGUAUCUGCCACUUGGAAAGGAGAACAAUGACUUCAUGCUGACAGUAGUUAUUUCUGCCACCAAUCGUGCAGGGGACACACAGCAGACCCAGGCUGUGGCUAAGGUGACACUCGGAGACACAUGGGUUGAGGAUGUAGCAUUCCAGGCUGCAGUGUCAGAGAAAAUCUCCACAUCUCUGCAAGGCGAGGGUGGCCCCAAGCAGCUCCUCCAGCUGGCCAAGGCCGUGUCCUCCGUGCUGAACCAAGAGCACAAAAGCCAGGGCUCAGGACAGCCACUGAGCAUGGACGUCAGACAGAAGGGUCUGCGUGUGGCCAUUUGGGCUGUGCAUCAAGGUUCAUGGAUCGGGGAGAAGCCUGUGGUGUCUCCCAAGCGGCUGACACCACCUCCCUCUCUCUUCUUUUGGGACAUGCAGAGGGUGCAGGAGCUGGCCGAGGUGCUGAGAGAGGUGACCCGCCGGAGUAGGGAACUCACACCCUCGGCCCAGUGGGAGGCCAUCUGGGCUCUACAGCAUGCCAGUGAAGCCCUGUUGACAGUGAGUGCCAAGGCCCGCCCUGAGGACCAGAGGCGCCAGGCAGCCACCAGGGACCUGUUUCAGGCUGUGGGCAGUGUGCUGGAAGCUUCCCUGAGCAACAGAUCAGAAGAACUUGCGGAGGCCAGCGGCAGCCAGAGUGCCACAGUGCCGCGGCUGCUUGGAAUUGUGGAGCAUGUGCAGACCGCCCUCCUGCUGGGAAAACUUCCGGGGGACUUUCCAGCCGUGCUGGCCACCCCCUCCAUCUCUGUGUACACAAACAGAAUACAACCCUGGAGUUGGCAAGGCUCCUCCCUGCGCACGGAUGCUGCAGAUUCUGCAACCUUCGUGCUGCCCACUGCCUCCUUGCUCGGCUCUCUGGAGGACGGCCAGGAGCCUGUGGAUAUAAAGAUGAUGAGUUUCCCAAAGAGCCCCUUUCCAGCCCGAAGCCACUUCGAUGUCAGCGGGACUGUUGGUGGCCUCCGUGUGACCAGCCCUAGUGGUCAGCUUAUACCUAUGAAGAAUCUGUCGGAGAAUAUCGAGAUCCUGCUGCCCCGGCAUUCACAAGGACACAGCCAGCCAACCGUGUUGAACCUGACCAGUCCUGAAGCUUUGUGGGUGAACGUGACUUCAGGGGAGGCAACCUUGGGGAUUCAGCUGCACUGGAGACCGGACAUCGCGCUCACGCUCAGCCUAGGCUACGGCUACCACCCCAACAAGAGCAGCUACGAUGCCCAAACUUACCUCGUACCGAUGGCGGCUUCAGAUGAGCUGCCCACGUGGAUCCUGAGCCCACAGGACCUGCGUUUUGGAGAAGGGGUCUACUAUUUGACUGUGGUCCCUGAGUCUGACCUGGAGCCAGUCCCCAGCAGGGACCUCACAGUGGGCAUCACCACCUUCCUGUCUCACUGUGUGUUCUGGGAUGAGGUCCAGGAGGCUUGGGACGACUCAGGGUGCCAGGUGGGGCCUCGGACCAGCUCCUACCAGACACACUGCCUCUGCAACCACCUCACCUUCUUCGGAAGCACAUUCCUGGUGAUGCCCAAUGCCAUUGACAUCCACCAGACUGCUGAGCUCUUUGCCACCUUCGAGGACAACCCUGUGGUCGUGACCACUGUGGGCUGCCUGUGCGUGGUCUACGUGCUGGUGGUGAUCUGGGCGAGGAGGAAGGACGCUCAGGAUCAAGCCAAGGUGAAGGUUACAGUGCUGGAAGACAAUGAUCCCUUUGCUCAGUACCACUACCUGGUGACAGUCUACACAGGACACCGACGAGGGGCAGCCACAUCCUCAAAGGUGACUGUCACCCUGUAUGGCCUGGAUGGAGAGAGUGAACCCCACCACCUGUCUGAUCCCGACACUCCGGUUUUUGAGCGAGGAGCAGUGGAUGCCUUCCUUCUCUCCACCCUGUUCCCCCUGGGGGAACUGCGGAGCCUCCGGCUGUGGCAUGACAACUCAGGGGACCGGCCAUCCUGGUAUGUGAGCCGCGUGCUGGUCUAUGACCUGGCGAUGGACCGGAAGUGGUAUUUCCUCUGCAACUCCUGGCUGUCCAUCAAUGUUGGAGAUUGUGUCCUCGACAGGGUGUUUCCUGUGGCCACGGAGCAGGACAGAAAACAAUUCAGCCACCUGUUUUUCAUGAAGACUUCCGCGGGCUUCCAGGAUGGACACAUCUGGUAUUCCGUCUUCAGCCGCUGUGCUCGCAGCAGCUUCACCCGCGUCCAGAGGGUGUCCUGCUGCUUCUCCCUGCUGCUGUGCACCAUGCUGACCAGCAUCAUGUUCUGGGGGGUCCCCAAGGACCCGGCUGAGCAAAAGAUGGACUUGGGUAAAAUUGAAUUCACCUGGCAGGAGGUGAUGAUUGGCCUGGAGAGCUCUAUCCUCAUGUUCCCCAUCAACCUCCUGAUUGUUCAGAUCUUUCGGAACGCCCGUCCCCGGGUCACUAAGGAGCAGAACACUGAGAAACGGGACCAGGGGUCCCCCAAACUGACUCCCUCCCCACAGCCCAUGGAGGACGGCCUUCUGACACCUGAAACAGUGACCAAGGAUGUGUCAAGGAUUGUCAGCUCCCUCUUCAAAGCCCUCAAGCUGCCAUCCCCCUCCUCGGGCUGGGACUCAGUGAACUUGAUGGACAUCAACAGUCUCCUGGCCUUGGUGGAAGAUGUCAUCUGUCCACAGAACACAUCAGGGCAGGUGUUCUGGGAGGAAGCCAAAAUGAGAGAGGACCCCGUAACACUCACUGUGGGGUCAUCACAAAUGAAAGAGAAAACGCAGUGUCCCAAGCCCAAGGUGGCAGGGAGUAGCCCCUGGAAGGACAGCACCUACAGGCAGUGUCUGUACCUUCAGCUGGAACACGUGGAGCAAGGGCUGCGGCUGGUGGGGCCCCGAGGCUUCCCCCAGCACCACAGCCAUGCCCGGGCCCUCAGGCAGCUGCAGACCCUGAAGGGCUGCCUGGGGGUACAGCCGGGCACCUGGGCCCCUGCACAUGCCAGCGCUCUACGGGUGAGCAAACCCCCUCAAGGCCUGCCCUGGUGGUGCAUCCUGGUGGGCUGGCUCUUGGUGGCGGCCACCAGUGGCGUGGCAGCCUUCUUCACCAUGCUGUAUGGCCUGCACUACGGGAGGGCCAGCUCCCUCAGGUGGCUCAUCUCCAUAGCCGUCUCCUUCGUGGAGAGCGUGUUCGUCACCCAGCCCCUGAAGGUGCUGGGAUUUGCUGCUUUCUUUGCACUGGUCUUGAAGAGAGUGGACGACGAGGAGGAUACUGUGGCCCCGCUGCCAGGACACCUGUUGGGCCCAGACCCCUAUGCCUUGUUCCGAGCACGAAGAAACAGCAGCAGGGACGUCUACCAGCCACCUCUCGCCGCUGCCGUUGAGAAGAUGAAAACCACCCACCUCAAGGAACAGAAAGCAUUUGCCCUCAUCACAGAAAUCCUGGCAUACCUGGGCUUCCUGUGGAUGCUACUGCUCGUGGCCUAUGGGCAGAGGGACCCCAGCGCCUACCACCUCAACAGACACCUCGAGCACAGCUUCACCAGGGGCUUCUCAGGUGUGCUGGGCUUCCGAGAGUUCUUCGAGUGGGCCAACACCACCCUCAUGAGCAACCUGUAUGGUCACCCCCCAGGCUUUAUCACUGAUGGGAACUCCAAGCUGGUUGGCAGUGCCCAAAUUCGUCAAGUGAGGGUCCGGGAAAGCUCUUGCCCUCUUGCCCAGCAGCUGCAGGCAUCUCUCAACGGAUGCCGUGCGCCAUAUUCCCUGGAUGCUGAAGACCUGGCAGAUUACGGGGAAGGCUGGAAUGCCACCACCCUCGGUAAUGGCAGUAGCUUUCCCCAUGCUUGGCAGUACCAGAGCCAGGACCAACGUCGAGGGUAUCCCAUCUGGGGCAAACUCACUGUGUAUCGGGGAGGAGGCUACGUGGUCCCCUUGGGGACUGAUCGCCAAAGCACGUCAAGAAUUCUCCGCUAUCUCUUUGACAACACCUGGCUGGAUGCCCUGACCAGAGCUGUGUUUGUGGAGUUCACUGUCUACAACGCCAACGUCAACCUGUUCUGCAUUGUCACGCUGACGCUAGAGACCAGCGCCCUGGGUGGUGGGUCUGUGCACAAGGCUGGGGAGAGGCCCAAGCACUCUGUGCAUGGGAGCCAGAGCUGGGGGAGCCUCCCGCCAGAGGGCCCUCCAGGGUGGGGAGGGAGCAGCCCUGGGGAUGGGGGCAGUCAUGGCCACAACCUCACGUUCCUUUUCCAGGGCAAGCGCAUGAGAAAGCAGACUUGGAGCUAUUUCCGCAGCAAGUGGAACCUUCUGGAGCUGGCCAUCAUCCUGGCCAGCUGGAGUGCCCUGGCGGUGUUUGUGAAGAGGGCUGUCCUGGCUGAAAGGGAUCUCCAGCGCUGCCGGAACCACAGGGAGGAAGGCAUCAGCUUCAGUGACACAGCAGCAGCCGAUGCCGCCCUUGGCUACAUCAUCGCCUUCCUGGUACUCCUGUCCACAGUGAAGCUUUGGCAUCUGCUCAGGUUGAAUCCCAAAAUGAACAUGAUCACGGCAGCCCUACGCCGUGCCUGGGGCGACAUUUCAGGCUUUAUCAUUGUCAUCCUUACCAUGCUCCUGGCUUACUCCAUCGCAUCGAACUUAAUGUUUGGUUGGAAACUCCGUUCCUACAAAACCCUCUUUGAUGCGGCAGAGACGAUGAUCAGCCUUCAGCUGGGAAUCUUCAACUACGAGGAGGUCCUGGACUAUAGCCCAGUGCUUGGCUCCUUCCUCAUUGGGUCCUGCAUCGUUUUUAUGACAUUUGUGGUGCUGAACCUGUUUGUCUCUGUCAUCCUGGUGGCCUUCAGUGAGGAGCAAAAAUACUAUCAGCUAUCGGAGGAAGGGGAGAUCGUAGAUCUGCUGUUGAUGAAAAUAUUCAGUUUCCUGGGCAUUAAGUGUAAGAGAGAGGAGCCUGAAAGCAGCAGGGAGCAGCCUGGGUCCCUGUCCCAGACUCGCCUCUCUCAACCAGCACAAGCUUUGCCCAAGGUCUAAGCUGUUCGUUCACACGCCACCGUCUAUGAAUGGGGACGCCCAGGGCCUCGGACCUGCACUUACCAGUAACUCUGUACUCUCUCUAGGUCGUAGCUUUUGUGUCCAUUGAAGAAUUACCAAGCCCAGCAAGUAAAAAAAAUUAGAAUAACAGAGACAUAUAUAAAAUUGCCAAUACUAUGAGAGCUUCUUUGUUCAAAUGUAUUUCCUCUUAUUAGGAAUAAAACAAAUAUUACCUGGA